AUGAGCCGUGGUGGCACAUGGAAACUUACAAGGAAAUAUGAUAUGGUCCUUCAAUUUUGCAGGAAACAUAAAACUAUAAUCCGAUACAUAAUUUUUGGAAUACUAAUUAUGGGUUACCUGGCAAUGGUGAUUGCGGCCUGCAUCUUGAAUUUUCACAGAGCCUUAGCGCUCUUCAUCCUCACUCUCCUCGCCAUUUUUUUCAUCUGUUGGGACUUUUUCAUAGCCAGAUAUGAGAGUAAAAUCUCAGAGUUGCUGUCUCCUUUGGGAAGAUUUUUGAAAGCUCAAUGGUUUUGGCUGAAAUGGGUGGUGUGGAUCAUCUUAAUAGUUGCUGGUGUGUGUUGGUUAAUUUUCGAUACUGCGAAGCAAGGGACCAACCAGCUUAUUUCUUUUGGUGGGCUUCUUAUGUAUAUUCUCUUGAUGCUGAUCUUCUCCAAGUACCCAACCAAAGUUGUAUGGAGGCCAGUAAUCUGGGGUGUUGCAAUACAGUUUGUUCUUGGACUUAUAACCUUGAGAACAAAAAUAGGAUUUGAUGCAUUCAAUUGGCUUGGCAAUCAAGUGCAGAUUUUCUUGGGAUACACGGAUGCUGGUGCUAAAUUUGUAUUUGGUGAAAAGUAUACUGAUCACUUCUUUGCCUUCAAGGUGCUGCCUAUUAUCAUUUUCUUCAGUACAGUGAUGUCUGUGCUAUACUAUGUUGGAUUCAUGCAGUGGCUUAUUAAAAAGGUUGGAUGGAUCAUGCAAAUUACCUUACAGACAAGUCCAGUUGAAUCUUUAGUUGCAGCUGGCAAUAUAUUUGUGGGAAUGUCGGAGUCCCCUCUCAUGGUAAAGCCGUAUCUGCCCUAUGUUACCAAGUCUGAACUCCAUGCUAUCAUGACCGCUGGUUUUGCCACCAUUGCUGGAAGUGUUUUAGGAGCAUAUAUUUCCUUUGGGGUUUCAGCUUCUCAUUUAUUAACUGCUUCCGUGAUGUCAGCACCAGCAGCGUUAGCUAUUGCUAAACUCUUUUGGCCUGAAACUGAAAAUCCCCAGAUAAAUGCACAACAGGAUACAAAAAUGGAAAAAGGAGAAGCUAGGAACCUGCUGGAAGCUGCCAGCCAAGGUGCCAGUGCUGCUAUCCCGCUGGUAGCCAACAUUGCUGUGAAUCUGAUUGCCUUCCUUGCUUUGCUGGCCUUCUUUAAUGCAGUCCUGUCUUGGCUGGGGAACAUGUUUGACUACCCACAACUGAGCUUUGAGAUAAUCUGUUCAUAUCUAUUCAUGCCAUUGUCUUUUAUGAUGGGAGUAGAUUGGGAAGACAGCUUUAUUGUUGGUGGGCUCCUUGGUUAUAAGACUUUCUUCAAUGAAUUUGUGGCUUAUGAACACCUUGCAAACUUGAUUAAACUACGAAAGAAGGGAGGACAAAUGUACAUCAACGGUGUGAAACAGUACUUGAGUAUACGAUCCGAAACAAUUGCCACUUACGCUCUUUGUGGAUUUGCAAAUUUUGGUUCAGUGGGAAUGGUACUUGGAGCACUAUCAUCCUUGGCUCCCUCCAGGAAGAGAGACAUUGCGGGAGGAGCCUUCAGGGCUAUGAUUGCUGGUACUGUGGCUUGCUUCAUGACAGCUUGCGUUGCAGGUAUACUAUCUGAAAAUCCAUGCACAACGUUAUUACAAAGCAACUUCAAUGAGAAUGACAAUAGCACAGAAAUAAUUGCUUGCUGCUUAAACCUCUUUAACAGUGGCAACAGUUCUGCAGAGGUCUUCCCAAAGUCUAACAGCAGUUUAAGAUCCUUGCACCAAUGUUGCCAACUUCUGGGCCCAUCCAAGGUUAAUUGUAGCUCGGUCACUCCAUUAUCUUAAGCUGUUGCAUAGGAUUCAAAUUCAUGGUGGAUGAACAGAAAAGACAAGAUGGACAUGGGGUGAUCUUGUUGCUAAUGUAAACAGGGAAAAAACUUGAUUUAAUUUAAAGUGGAGUGAUAGCUAUCUGCACCCUCUAUUUUCAUAAUGUUGCUGCUGAAGGACGUUGAUAUAUUUGUAAGGAGAGAAAAAACUUGCACACACAUAUAUCACAAUUCACUUUUAAGGUUUAGAAUGACAUUUGAAUCUGAAAUGGCUUCCAUCUUGGAUAUAUAGAAAUAACUUGACAACUCAUUGUAGGUUAGGUCUGGUUUGCACCAAUUCCCAGUAGUGUCUGAAUGGAUCCUGUUGAUACACUAAGCCACUAAACUUGGUUAAAAUGCAGCCUGGGGUGGGAUAAGAUGGAGACACAUUCAGUCACAUUAAUUCAAUUUGAACCCAUCAGAGAAAUAUUCAAUAAUUAUAUAAUAUGACUCUAAAUUU